AUGGCGGGACUCUCGCGCGUCCACUGGGUAGCACCGGUGGGCAUGAUCCUUAGCCUCCUCGGAAGCCUGCUUUUCGCACUGGGUCACCAUCUAUUCUACGCAUCUCUCGCUGGCAGUAGCGCACCGACCGGAAGCUACACCAUCGCCGGCACGGAUGUGUCGCAACAACAGCUCAGCACCGCUGUUGGCACCGCAUUUGGAUUCCUGGUCAGGUCCUGUCUGGUAGUUGGCAUCUCCGUCGCGUUCUUCCAGGCCUUUUGGAGAGCCGUACGAAUCUCCCCCGAUGGUGCUACACUGUCAAACCUUGACAGCUCGUACGCCAUGCUCUACGAUUUACGCGGCUUUCUGAAACCAAGGUAUGUACCAAUUGCCUCCAUCAUCACGCCAGCGACACUUUCCGUACAAAGUGCUGCCAUUGUCCCACCGCCACAGAAGGACGUCAAAGUCCCAAAAUUUGACUUUGCCAGUCUCGACUUCCUAGCUCCCAUCCCCGAAGGGCCAGCAGGCUUCUGCUUCGACGGUCCAAGCCAGCCAGUACAACGGGUUGCGGCGGCGGUCGCGGCUCAAGGCCAGAUUCUGCCCAUCUCGCCGCCAGAGGCCAACGCCAGCUGGACACUUGACUUCCGUGCACCAUCGUUGCAGUGCCAUGACUUGCGUGGCAAUGAGAAAGUCGAUGUCUGGACCAACAUCCUUGACCAGUGGGGAAACGUCUCGGACUGCCAUUAUUCCUACGGCUAUCUAGCCUGGACGCCAACGCCUGGCAGUUCAAACCCGUUCAUACGGCAAUCUUCGAACAGCAGCAAGACUGUGCUCCAAUCUGAGCAUCUUGACUACGGCGUACCUCCGUCAAUCUAUGUUGCUGCCAUACCGCAGAUGUCACAAUUCGCAUUUAUUCCCUCAAACUCCGACACGCAGGAGAAGUGCCAAUUCUUUGGAUCCAACUCGCUGACCUACACUUACCCGGUCGCGGAGGAUCUGUGUCUGCCAGGCUUGAACCCGCCAGAGUGCUGCGGGCAACAGGCCUGGGCUACAAAUGCGACGCUCUUACGAUGCGACAUCAUUCCUGCACCUCUACGAGGAUCUUCACUAAACCCUCAUCCGCGCGAGCCAGUGCUAUGA